AUGCACAAACUUGUGACUCAUAAACAGAAAACUGUACAACAACAUGUCUGUGAAAUAUGUGAAAAAGUGUUUUUAUCAAAAAGUAAUUUGAUAAAGCAUGUUAGAAUUCACACUGGAGAGAAACCCCACAAGUGUGAUCUGUGUGGUGCCUCCUUUCCUCAAUUAUCAGCUUUGAAUGUUCAUCUUAAAAGACACACUGGAGAUAGACGUUAUAAAUGUGAUGAUUGUGGUAAGAAGUUUACUCUCAACAGUGGUUUAAAAGCUCACAUGAUGAUUCAUACUGGAGAGAAACCAUUCAAAUGUGAUGUUUGUGAUAAAUCGUUUAGGCAGAAAGUUGCUUUGAAAACACACUCGUAUACCCAUUGUGAUGACAAACCCUUUAAAUGUAAUGUAUGUGAUAAAUCAUUUUCUCAAAUAGCUAACCUUACAGCCCAUAAAAGAACGCAUACUGGAGAGAAACCUUUUGAAUGUCAUGUUUGUAAUAAAUCUUUUAAUCAGUUGGGAAACCUUCAAAAUCAUUUAAGAAUUCAUAAAAAGAAGAAAGAUUUUAAUUGUGAUGUAUGCAAUAAAAAAUUCAGACAGAAAGGGCACUUGAAAUUGCACAUGAGUAAAUAUCACUAG